AAACCGGAUGAUCCUCAUGACAAAUAAUCGUGAUAACCUCCUGAUGACCUAGGUAAGCAAUUUUCGACCGAAAAACAAAGAUAUUUCAUCCUGAUUCUGUCAAAUGUCAGAGAGUGCUGUGAACACACUUGAAAAAGUCAACUGGAGGGUUAACGUUAUAAUAUCUUCGAGGGAUCUUUCAAAAGUUCUUGAGCCGAUUGUAUAUCUCGAGCUCGUAAUGGCAGAUGGGAAAAUCGAAAGCCUCGAAGUGCCUGUGUCCAAGUUCCACACCCUUCGUCAGAAUGUCGCCUUACUUCUCAAGGAAAUCGACACUGUUAACAGAAAGGGUUCAAAUAUUCUAAGACUGAUCGGCCCAUCUCAAUUUUCCUAAAUCACUCAUUUAUAAUUCACAUUUUUUGUUUUGUUACAAUUAUUACCUUACUUUGGUGAGUUGACUUAAGGUAUUAUUUUAUAACAGUAUGGAAACAGAAAUAAAGUGCUGCUUACAUUGUCA